AUGACUAGCAAGGCGGAUAAAAAGUUGAUCGAGAACAUGUUGGUUCGAAAGCGAGUGUGCGUAGUUCGAGACGUGAUAGAGAAGUUUAAAGAGGGAUACAAUGCAGAUAGGGAUGCAAAUCAAAUUCAGGUGAGGCUAGAUACUCUUGAAAGAUGCAACAGAGAAUUUCUUGAGGCACAAGCGGAAAUCGAAAUGCUUGACAAAGCCGAUGCGUUUGAACAACAUCUCCAAAUACGGGCUGAUUUCGAAAAUCGUUUUUGUGCGCUGAAAGGGUUUCUGAUGUCCAAACUGGAGGUCCCGCAGCAGAUCCUAAAUUCAACAAUGGCGAACUUUAGCCACCAGCCAACAUCCGUUAGCUUUCAUCAUCGUCUGCCGCAAAUUGAUCUGCCGAAGUUUAAUGGGGAUGAGUCGCGUUGGAUUUCUUUUCGAGACAAUUUUCUAUCCAUGAUCCAUUUCAACGAUGAUAUCCCAUUGGUGAAUAAAUUGCAAUAUUUGAUUCAAGCUUUAGAAGGGGAUGCCAAGAAACCAUUCGAAACCGUUGACAUUCAAGCGGAUAAUUAUGCGUCGACUUGGGGCGCUCUGUUGAAGCGAUUUGAUAACAAACGGUUCUUGAAAAAGGAAUUAUUCAGAGGUUUAUAUGAGUUGCCAUCGAUAAGGCGCGAAUCUGCUCAGGAUUUAAACACGCUUGUUGACGAUUACCAACGCCACGUGAAAGCUUUGGGAAAGCUAGGAGAACCUGUUGCGUCGUGGAAUACACCGUUAGUAUACAUUCUUACGAGUAAACUUGAUCCCGCCACUGUUCGCGCUUGGGAGCAGGAAACCCGCCAGAAGGAUGAUGUCACUUACGAAGAACUUGUUGACUUUCUCGUGCAGCAUGUACGAAUGCUUAAAUCUGUGUCGAGUGAUUUGCAGCACCGUUCACAACCAGCUACUGUCAAGGUGGCCGGAUUUGUUCCGAAGAAACCCUAUCAUGGUAAAUUCGUAGCCAACGCUGCUACAUCCGACACCAAAGUUAACAACCCUCAAUGCCCGGCUUGCCCCGAAAGACAUCUUCUGUAUCAAUGCCCAAGGUUCACCAAGCUCUCUGUUUCUGAACGUCGAGAAUUAGUUAGUCAGCGAAGCCUGUGUUGGAAUUGCUUUCGUACGAACCAUCAAGCGCGAGCUUGUAAAUCCAAGUUUUCAUGCAGAACCUGCCAUGCAAAACAUCACUCGCUGUUGCACGACCAAGUUGCACCCUCUAAAAUAUCGACGACACCUGCAGUUACAACCGAACACAAUGCAAAGCAACCUACCGCGACCACGUCAGCGAACGUAAGAAGUUCUGAAUCUGCAAAUCCACCCGAAAUUAGUCUCUCCAUCCAAUCAAACCACAGCACGGUGUUACUAGAGACGGUUGCUAUUCACGUAGUUGAUAAAUAUGGAAAGUUAACACCAGUCAGAGCUCUCCUCGAUUCCGGAUCGAUGUCUAAUUUUAUCACCAAGAAGUAA